AUGGCUGCUUUCAUCUCUGAUCUUUACGAGAAGCUGGCCUCUGCAACUUCGGAAACACGUGCUCCAUACGUUGAAAUGAAUUCUGAGAUAAAGAAAUUGGAGCGAUCAUUGUUCAAGAUCCAGGAUGUGCUUACUGAUGCUUCUCAGAAGGAGAUAACCGAUCAAUCUGUGAAACGAUGGCUGAAUGAGCUCCAGCACUUGGCUUAUGACAUCGAUGACGUACUUGAUGAUAUAGCUACCGAAGCUAUGCAUCGUGAGUUGAUCGGCGAAUUAGAAACCGAUACUAGCAAGGCACGGCUAUCCAGAUUUAAAACUGCUCCAAGUAGCUCUAUGGAUCACCUAAGGGGGAAAAGGUUUCUUUUUGUACUAGAUGAUGUGUGGAGUAAAAGCUAUGAGGAUUGGGAAACCCUUGUUGACCCGUUUCAUGUAUGUGCUCCAGGAAGUAAAAUAAUCAUGACAACAAGGACGGAUAAGUUGCUCAAAAUGUUGAGUUACAAUGAUCUAAACAAGUUGAAAAGCUUGGCCCAUGAUGAUGCUCUUUCUUUAGUUGCUUUACAUGCAUUGGGUGUAAAUAACUUUGAUUUGCAUUUGUUGCUCAAACCACACGGUGUAGGUAUUGUUGAAAAAUGUGAGCGCUUGCCUUUGUCUAAUUUGAAAGCACUUGGGAGAUUAUUAAGCACAAAAUAUGAUGAAGAAGUUUAUUGGAAGCAAGUAUUAGAUAGUGAGAUAUGGACGUUACCAGUUGAAGGUGAAAUUGUCCCAACCCUUAAACUAAGCUACCAUGAUCUUUCUGCACGUUUAAAGCAGUUAUUUGGAUAUUGUUCCUUGUUCCCCAAGAAUUAUGCGUUUGACAAAGAGGAACUAGUUCAGUUAUGGAUAGCAGAAGGGUUUUUGCAACAACCAACUCCAAGUGAUUCAACACAAGAAUGCUUGGGUCAUGAAUACUUUGAUGAGUUGUUGUCAAGAUCAUUUUUUCAACAUGAACCUAACAAUGAAUCACUGUUUGUGAUGCAUGACAUGAUAAGUGACUUGGCGAUAUCAAUUGGUGGUGUGUUUUUUUCAAGGUUGGAGAAAGAUAUUAAGAAGGAAGCGUUGGAAAAGUACCGCCAUAUGUCGUUUGUUCGUGAGGAAUAUGUCGCCUACAAGAAGUUUAAGUCAUAUAAAGGAGCUAAAAGUUUGAGAACAUUCUUAACAACAUCUGUGGGGAUGGUAGAGUGUUCGGAUUGUUUCUACUUUUCAAGCAAGAUACUGGUUGAUUUAUUUAUUGAGUUACCGUUGUUAAGGGUUCUAUGUUUGAGUGGUUUCAAAAUAAGUGAUGUACCAGAGUCCAUAGGUACUUUGAACCACUUAAGGUAUCUUAAUCUAUCACGGAGUACAAUCACGCAAUUACCAGAAAGUGUUUGCAAUCUCUAUAAUUUAGAGACAUUGAUUGUAUUUGGUUGUCAUGGUUUAGCUAAGUUUCCCAAUAACUUAUUUAAGCUUAAAAACCUUUGGCAUAUUGACAUUAGGGACACUUGGUAUUUGAACGAGACACCACCAGGGAUUGGUGAUUUGAAAAGCCUACAAACUCUCUCCAAGAUAUUUGUCGGAGGCGAAGGAGGAUUUGAAAUAACCAAUCUUAAAGAUUUACGGAAUCUAUGUGGGAAAAUUUCCAUUGCAGGCUUGGAAAAAGUGCAAAAUGCAAUGCAUGCGCAGGAGACGAACUUUUCACAAAAGAGAUUUAGCGAGCUAGAGGUUGUUUGGAGUGAUGUGUCAGAUGGUUCAAGGAAUGGAAUGCAUGAAAAGGAGGUCCUAAAUGAGCUGAAGCCACGUAAUGAAUAUUUAAAACAACUCCAAGUUAUUUCAUAUGGGGGAUUAGAGUUUCCAAAUUGGGUUGGGGAUCCCUCUUUUCUUCAAUUGAAUUAUGUGUCAAUACGUGGAUGUAAAAAAUGUACAACUCUACCACCACUUGGACAACUACCGGAACUUAAGAAGUUGUUUAUUGACCACUUGGAUGGGGUGAAAGUUGUGGGUGUGGAGUUACUUGGGACUGGUCCUGCAUUUCCUUCACUUGAAAUUCUCAGUUUUGAAAAUAUGAGAGGGUGGGAGAAAUGGUCUACGAAUAGUGGGGUUGUGUUCCCAUGCCUUCAACAGCUUUACUAUAAGUUAGUUCAAGUAGCUUCAUCAUUCACCAAGUUGGAUAUACAUUCUAUAUCAGGGCUUAAUGACGUGGUGUGGAGAGGUGUCAUAGAGUAUCUUGGUGCAGUUGAAUAUUUAAGGAUCAUGUAUUGUAAUGAAAUUAGAUACUUGUGGGAAUCAGAGGCAGUUGUGAGUAAGGUUAUUGUGAAGUUAAGGAAACUGGAAGUGUCUGGUUGUGAUAAUUUGGUGAGUUUAGGAGAAAAAGAGGAGGAAGAUAAUUGUAGGAGCAACCUGCUAACAUCUCUUAGGAUGUUGGAACUAUCUUUUUGUAACAAUAUGGAGCACUACAGUUGUCCAGAUAGUAUUGAGAUGUUGAGAGUUGCGUGUUGUAAUUCAAUUACAGCUAUCUCAUUACCAGUUGGAGGGCAGAAGCUCAAGUCACUUAAGAUUACUGGCUGCAAUAAUCUAUUGGAAAGAGAGUGGGGAGUUCAAAAGAUGAACACCAACAGAAACAACAUGCUAAUGCUUGAUCAUGUAACGAUAACUGGUUGGGCAAAUCUAAAAUCAAUCACUGGACUGAAUUACUUGGUUCACCUCAUGUCAUUGAGCAUAGGAACUUGUGAAAAUCUGGAAUCAUUUCCUGACAACGAGUUGUCCAGUUUGACAUCGUUAAUGAGUCUUGGAAUAUGGAGUUGUCCAUGUAUGGAUGCUAGUUUUCCUCGUGGGAUUUGGCCUCCCAAUUUGCGUUCCCUAACAAUAGGGAAGUUGAAGAAGCCCAUCUCAGAGUGGGGCUCACAGGAUUUUCCAACCUCACUUGUCCAACUUUACUUAUACGGUGACGAUGGAGUGAGUAGCUGUAGUCAAUUUUCUCAUAUCCUUCCUUUAUCCCUCACUUCUCUUCGCAUACAUGAAUUUGAAAAACUGGAAUCAUUUUCAACGGGACUCCAACACCUCACGUCCCUCCAACAUCUCUAUUUUGACGAUUGCCCUGAGCUGAAUAAACUGUUUCAUCCCCAACACCUCACUGCCCUUCAACAUCUCUCUUUUGACAAUUGCCCAAACAUGAUGGAUUUACCAGAAGCGUUGUUGCCUUCACUUUUGAGUUUACAAAUCGCUGAAUGCCCAGAUCUGAAAGAAAGAUGCAGUAAAAGAGGCUGUUACUGGCCCCUCAUCUCCCAUAUCCCCUUUGUUGACUUAUAUCCUUCAUUAUGAAGCUACUAUAUGGAGG